CCGGUGACCUAACCUCCAAAUAUCUCGCUCUCGCCCCAACACCUAGUUUAGUUUUUAAAAUUUUAAGGGGAAUAGAAACUACUUGGUGAUAAACAUGUUUCCAUCGAAUUGAAGCUUUAACUCACCAGGAACAUCGUCCAAGGAUCAAAAUGUCUCAAGCAGUUGCAAGGUUGCUGUCUCGAAAUUUUACUAACAUACGAGGACUUCUGAACCCUAGCAGCAAGGCUAUCAUUUCUCAAGAAUACACCGGUACUGGAUUCCCUCAUUGGCAAGUGAACAAGUGUAACAGACCUGCUAAUUAUCAUACUCAUCAUGAUGGUUCCUCCAGAAUUUCAGGGAGCAUAAACUUUGCCGCCAUUUUUAACUCUACAAAAUUAAAUAUUAUUGACCCAAUUACCCGUGAGCAAAAUGUUAUAGAUCCCCGCAUCAUCUCUAAUGUUGAUAUCUUAGACACUCCAAAGAUAAAAAAAAUAAUUGAUGAGCCUGACCAACCUCAUGUAGUUGAAAAGCAAGCCCACAGAAUGAUCAACAUUCGAAGGAGGAAAAUGAAGAAACACAAAUUGAAGAAGUUACGUAAAAGGAUGAAGUUCGAGUGGAAGAAAAAGGCUCUUAAAAGAGAGAAAAUCAAGGAAAAAGCUUUUUAUAUGGAAUUGUAUGCCCAAAUUCGCACUGCGGAAACCUUCUCUCCGCAAGAUUAUGCUGCUGAGCAACGCAAAAUAAUUAAGCAGACAUAUUUGCCCCUUGAGUAUGAAAAAAUGCCUCAGUGGUAUCUGAAAGAGACAUUGGACAAGGAAAAAAGGAUAGCCAGGGAAACGAAGGAGCAUGAGGAAGGACUUAAGGCAUUAGCUGAGUUUCAAAAAACCUAUAAAUGGUCUGAUAAAUACUAAUUUUGUUAUUCUCUUCGUGUCUCUUUUUAAUUCGAUUGCAAUUAUCCCGAUUGUUUCUACUGUUGUUUUUGUAUCAAAUGUUUGUUUUAAUAGAUGAGAGGAAAGAAUAAACUCAUCUUUUCCAACACAGAA